AUGGUGGAUUGGGUCCUUACAUCCUUUGCAGUGCUCACAUGGGCAGCUGUGCCAGCCGCAUCUGUAGAUACCAAUCUCCUAUCAAUUCGCGGCCAACAACCCAUCCACUUGAACCUGACCGGCCAUUUACCCGCAGAAAAGAUCCUAGACUUUGUCUUUGUGGACUUUGAUGUUCCCGAAGGAACAACUUCAAUAUCUGUACUGCAAAAGUACUCGUUGAAAGGGAGGGGAAAUGCCCUAGACCUUGGAUGCUGGGACCAACGAGGCCACCAUCUUGCUUUAGAGGGGAACUUCACCACUGGAUUCCGUGGAUGGUCCGGCGGCGCAAGGAAUAACUUCACUAUUACCCCUGAAUACGCUUCCCCUGGAUAUAUUGCGGGUGCGAUCCAACCUGGUGUCUGGUCCGUAGCCCUUGGGCCAUACAACUCAGUUCCCCAAGGCAUUCACUACGAAUUGAAUAUCCAGCUGGGAUUUGAGCCUGUAAAGUCCUACUUUCAGCCUGCAUUUGCACCAAGUCGUGUAGAUAGCAGCCUAUAUAUGAACGAGUCUGGGAGCAAUAUCGACCAGCUGAAAAACGGACAGGGACAACCUGGCUUCCAAUGGUACCGAGGGGACUUCCACAUUCACACUAUAUACUCAGAUGGCAAACAGACUCCCCAAAGAGUGGCAGAGCUGGCUCAACAAGCCAACUUCUCAUUCUUCUUCAGUACCGACCAUAACACUCAAUCCUCGGGCUUGAUUUGGGGUGCCGUCGCUCCGCCAUCUCUGCUCGUCGGAAGAGGCAUCGAGGUGACCACCCGUGGCGGGCACUGGAACGCACUGGGCCUCAACUGGAACGAAUGGGUUGAAUUUCGUUAUAAGGGGAACGACAGCACCGCGAUCUCUCAAGCGGUUCGACAGCUCCAGCGCCAGGGAGGCCUUGCAGUGGCUAAUCAUCCAUUUGCUAACGACUGUCUUGCGAAGGCCGUGGAUAAGUGGCACAGUAUGCUUGUUCAGGGGUCAAGGGCAUUCGCUAUCGGCGGCAGCGAUUAUCAUAACUCCCCGUCUGCAGUCGGCAUGCCUACUACCGUAGUUCGUUCAGAGAGUCUGUCAACGGCACAGAUCGUGGAUAGUCUUCGCCAUAAUCGAGCGUAUAUCGUUCGUGACCCGGGUAUUGAUAUCCAAUUCACCCUUAUCCACCAGGGCGAGACAAUCCAUGUCGGUGAUAAAGUAAACGGUGGAAAGGAAAAUAAGAUCCAUGGUCCAAUAUCUGCAGUUCUAGAGGUGAAGGGACUUCCUGCGAAUGCUGUGGCCCUUUUUAUAUCCGAUAAAGGCCUUCUUAAACGCCAGACUAUCUCCCAGUCUGAUCAUGUUCUUCAUUCCAGAUUAGAUUCAAAGUAUUCCUUCAUCCGCAUGGAAAUCCAAGAUCCGACUGGCUCUAUGCUGGCCAUGACAAAUCCAAUUUGGAUAUAA